UUGUCAAGAUGGAAGCUGUCGAAGACGUGCUAAGCGAUGCUUUCCCCGAUAUUGACGAAGAUCUAUUCGACUACCUCGAAGGCGUCUUGGACGGCGGCAAGGAAGACUUCUCAACCUGCGAAGAGGUUUAUGAUGCCGUCGGAGAAAUGUUGCUGCAGAUUGCCGGCGACACCAAAGAUGAAGAUGAGAUCCGGGAGAUCUGCGCCCGGCUGCUCCACGUCAUGAAAGGGGAGUCAGACAUUCAGAAUGGCGACAGCCACAGCGCGCCUGCCAAGGUACUCAACGCACCGGUACAGUUAAAAGCCUUGGCUGCCGAGUUUGAGAACACCACCGAUGAAGUUCAGAGCAUCUGGAUGAAGCAGAGGGACAGUGCAUUGCAAGUGGACCAGAAGAAGUUAGAAAAAGCAGAGGCCAAGUUGAAGCAGAAGCAAGAGAAACGGGAAGUCAGUGGCGAGAAGGUGACCCCAGUUCAGCCAGUGUUGAAGGCUGCCACGGCAAGUCAAGCAGUCAGCAAGAGAGAAGCCCGUAUGGAAAGCAAGGGCAGCAACCGAACACAAGACAUUCGUGUGGAAAAUUUCGACAUAGCUUUCGGUGACAAAACGCUCCUUCAGGGAGCCAAUUUGACACUGGCUUGUGGGAGGCGUUAUGGACUUGUGGGCCGCAAUGGUAUUGGAAAGACCACACUUCUGAGGAUGCUUUCUAGUGGUCAGCUCAGGAUUCCAUCACACAUCUCAGUGCUGCACGUUGAGCAGGAGGUGGUCGGAGAUGACACCACGGCACUGGACAGUGUCCUCUCCUGUGAUGAGAGGAGGCAGCGGUUGCUCAACGAAGAGAAGGAGCUCACUGCCAAAGUGGCUGAAAAAGAUGACCCUGCACUGAAUGAACGGUUGAGCCAGGUCUAUGCAGAACUGCAGCACAUUGACGCGGACAAGGCGCCGGCAAGGGCUUCGGUCAUCCUAGCCGGUCUAGGCUUUUCCCCUGCAAUGCAGCAAAAGAAAACCCGAGAAUUUUCCGGAGGAUGGAGAAUGCGAAUAGCAUUGGCAAGAGCACUGUUCACGAGGCCUGACUUACUGUUGCUUGACGAACCUACAAACAUGUUGGACAUGAAAGCAAUCAUUUGGCUAGAAAACUACCUUCAAGACUGGCCUACGACUCUUCUAGUUGUCUCCCAUGACCGGCUCUUCCUGGACACCGUGCCCACCGACAUCCUGCACUUCCACUCGCAGCAGAUCACAGGCUACCGGGGCAACUACGAGAACUUUGUCAAGGUCAUGACUGAGCGGCUCAAAAACCAGCAGCGCGAGUACGAGGCACAGCAACAGUACAAGGCACACGUCCAGGUCUUCAUUGACAGGUUCCGGUUCAACGCAAAGCGUGCCUCCCUAGUGCAGAGCAAAUUGAAAAUGCUGGAAAAAUUACCGGAGCUGAAGCCCGUAGAAAAAGAGGUCGCUGUCACGCUACGGUUUCCCGACCCGGAGCCCCUGUUCCCUCCCAUCUUGCAACUCGACGAGGUGUCAUUUGCCUACAACCCCGGCCAGAACGUGCUGGAGCGUGUCAACCUCUCGGCCAACAUGCAAUCAAGAAUCUGCAUCGUGGGUGACAACGGCUCUGGCAAAACAACGCUGCUGAAGAUCCUCAAUGGCGAGCUGAACCCGACAGCAGGAGUGCGGCACGUGCACCGGAACCUGGUGAUUGGCUACUUCACGCAGCACCACGUCGACCAACUGGAACUGGGAAUCUCCUCGCUAGAGUUCAUGGCCAAGCAGUUCCCUGGCAAGCAGUCAGAGUACUACAGGCAACAGUUGGGCUCUUUUGGUGUUACGGGUGACUUGGCAUUACAGACCAUCGGCAGUCUCUCAGGAGGCCAGAAAAGCAGAGUCGCAUUCGCCCUCAUGUCUAUGCUACGGCCUCAUUUCCUAAUUCUUGAUGAGCCUACAAAUCACCUGGACAUAGAGACCAUUGAAGCCUUGGGACAUGCCCUGAAUAGGUUCCAGGGCGGUGUGGUGUUGGUGUCCCACGACGAGCGACUCAUUCAAAUGGUGUGCCAGGAACUGUGGGUGUGCAGCAACCGCACGGUGAGAAGCAUUGAAGGUGGCUUCGCGCAGUACCGCAAGUUGAUCGAAGAGGAGUUGGCAGCACAGGGACAGUGAUAGGCAGAGCGACGGGCUUCGCAACGAGGCAAAACAAGAAGAUGUGAAGGGGAAUCUUCGACUGUGGAAAGUGCAAGGACGUGAAAAAUAUGAGCAGGCUUAGCACGGACUGACGCUGUGCCACUGUGGUCCAGACAACUCUUUUUUUUUUUUUUUCAUGUGUCUGCAUUGCUGGUCUAUAGGCAGCCAUUUAUUUAUCUUAAACAAAAAGGAAAAAAGAAAAAAAAGUCUAGAGUGACUUGUGAAACAUAAGGAAAAGAUGUUUUUUUCCUGGCUAAGUAGCAUGUUUUGGUGUAUUUCCUAGGUGUAGUAAGUGUAUUUCCAUGUCUGCACUCGUUUUGGUACAUGCAUGGACUACAAACUCUGUGUGUUACGAUUCAGCUGUAUGAGUCGCAUUCUAUGAUGUGCCGGCAUCCGGCAAAACUAUACUAUUGCCUGAACAGGCCGCGUGUUUGCAGCUGUCCUAGGUUGCCAACACAGCGGGCGGUUCGUUGCGGUCGGCUGUUUUUGUGCUGCCGCUGCGACCUUGUCAUCUGUACUGUGCAUUUGUGAAUCCUUGGUUAUUAGUAUACUCGUCAAAGCUUUAGCUAAAGAAAUUUUUUUGUUGUUGUUGCUAGCUAUUUAAAAUAUUGUUUUUAAACAUGAUUUAUUACAGUGCCUUAAGCUUUUUAUGUGCAUUUCAAGUGAAAAAAAGGAAAUCAAGACAGAAUUUCUUCUAACUUCCAAAGUCAACAAGCUUGUUUUAAGAAAAUAUUAUUGAUCACUUUCUCUUAGCCGCACGAAUUUGAUGCAGUCACUAAGAGUUGGACUUCUAUUUGUAUGAACAUUAGGCUUAAUAGACAAAGUCCUUGUUUGUGCAACACUAAAUUUAUGAUUUCAUUGUUGCUUUCCUCGAGAGUAAGAGAGCUUGAAAACUAUGUUCUGGACACGAUUAAACAAUACUUCCAUUUUCCUCUGA